CUAGCACCGAAAUCAGUUUGAACUAAUCUGAUCCAAUUCGGUGCCAGUUUCUCAACUUUUUAAGUCAACACGGUUUUUUUCUUUCUGGUUUAGGUGUUCUGGUUUUCCGUCUUAAUGCCCAUCCCUAAAUAACACGGCCAAACCACAAUUUUUUUUUUCAAAGAAACGACCUUUGGGGUGGGGUGUUGCCAUUAAAAAAACCUGACGGGUGCAUUGUAAUUUGUAAUUAACUCAAAACACUUGCAAUUUGCAUAGCGUCGUUGAACAGCAGAGCAGAGCAGAGCGGCAAGCCGGGGGCAGACGAUGAAAUUGUUUGACGCACACUGUCACUUGCAAGACCCAAGAAUCUUUGACAAGGCACCCCAAUUGAUUGCAGCAGCCGUUGAUUCUGGCGUUGUUCGUUUUGCUUGUAAUGGAGUCUCUGAGGUAUGUUGCAGAGAGGACACCCAAUUGGCUCAACACUUUAAAACAAUUCUUCGAGGCUACUCCCUCUGCUGCAGUUGGAGAGGGAAUUCUCAAAUUUGGGAAAGGCUUAGGGAUGGGUGGGAGCUCGAUUUCAUGUCAUUUUCCCUGAUUAGGAAGGAUUGGAGUAGCUCUAAGAUUGGCUUGGACAAAGGUUCACAAGGGAAGAAGGUUGAUUUCACAGAUCAGGUUAAUGUAUUCAGGCAACAACUUGAACUUGCAAAAGAGUUAAAAAGGCCAGCAUCCAUCCACUGUGUUCGUGCUUUUGGUGACCUUCUUCAGAUAAUGAAAUCUUUGGGUCCUUUUCCUGCUGGCGUCAUUCUUCAUUCUUACCUAGGUUCUGCUGAGAUGGUUCCUGAAUUUGCCAAUCUUGGUGCUUACUUUUCUUUCUCUGGAUUUCUUAUGUCCAUGAAAGUACACAAGGCAAAGAGGAUGCUGAAGAUGGUGCCUUCUGAAAGAAUUUUACUGGAGACAGAUGCACCUGAUGCAUUACCCAAGUCUGAGUUAGAUUCUGCGCAUCUGGUUGAAGGAGCUUCCCUCCCUGAAGAGCUUCAGUCAAUAGAAAUUUCCUCAGCUCCAUUUGCUGGUGCAAGAGAUGUAUUAACAUUUCCAAAAGAAGCACUAAAUCACCCACAAAAUAUUCACAAGGGCUGAGAAGAACUCGACUCGGGCGAGUUAAAAUUGUAGUAACAUUCAGGAAAGCCGGAAUUAGUGUGCAAACAUGUAGACUCAUCUUCUGCCUUCUGAAUCCGCUAGAAUCAAUGAGUUGUGGGAAUUCCAACUGAUCAGUUACACCUUUCUCUCCUUUGCUGAAUCGUGAUUUGGUCAACGAGCAACUUACCAGUGUCAUCAUAGGUUCAACAAUCUCACUAGAUUCAAUCUUAGAGUCCUUAUUGUUAGGAUUUUGGCUCGUCAAAUAUGUCCUAGUUGGUUUAGGAUUGCUUUAGGAAAAUUAGAGGUAUUCUUGUCUUAGAGGGAUUAGGAAAGAUUUUCAGUUUUCCUUAUUCAAUUCAGGUUUGGAUUUCUAGAAGCCUAUUUGGUUUUGGAUAAGUGUAAUUUCCUAAUCCACUUAGGAAUAGGACUUCAAUCAGCCUUGGGACAUGUAAGCCAACUCUAUAUCUAUAAAUAGGGUGUGGCAAGGCUUAUUUUGAAGAGGGAGAAAACAGCCAGAGACAGCCAAGAGUUUUGAGAUUAGUUCUAGGGUUUGCAAAAGUUCUGUAAUCUCUAUUAUUAAGCAAAGGAGCGGUGAUUUCUCUACCUAGAGAAAUCACAACUGGACGUAGGCAAAAGUUCUGCCGAACCAGUAUAAUUCUUGUGUGUCUAAGUUUUCUAAUAUUUGCUAGUUUAGUCUAUUGCCGUUGGUUACAUUAAAGAACAAGAUCCAGCAGCAAGUUAUUUAACACUUAUCGCUAGCUGGAAGUUCAGGCGCACAAACUUCUUCCUUAAACUCUCCUUGACCAGCAGCUUCUGCUUGAUUCUCCAUGGUAUUGUCUUGAAAAUUUUCUCCUUGUUUAGCACUUAUCAAAUCAUCAGUGGAUUGACGUUCUUGAGAUUCCAGGUUCUUUGAACAAACAUCGACCACGUCAAAUUUAUCCAUAAAAUGGUGACUGGAUGCUUCUAUUUUGUCAAGAUGACGUUCAAUGAUUCUGAAAUACUCAUCAAAGACGGUGAUCCGAUAUGACACCUAAUUGAACAAUCCGUUCGUAGACCAUCUCGGGCCGGUCUGUCUUACUAGACUUAGUUGGAGGCGUACACUCAACAUACAACAUUGCAAACAAAAGAGAGUUGAAAAUUUCGAGCCCAAGGAAAAAUGAAAACUAGGCGUUGACACCAAAUUUGAUGUAAGAUAUGGAUGAAUUAUAUAGAUUUAGGUAGAAAACAGAAAAUUAAACUAGUAAGGAAAGCUGCUCCAGAAUUUCAGGAUUUGAAGACUGAAUUAAAUGAAUGUUCUCAUCACUAAUCCCCUGAAAUCUGGGAAGACUUGAAUCUGUAAGUUUGGAUGAGAUAUUUUCAUUUCUAAUGUCCGUUGACAAACAUCUAAAACCAACUGCUUGACACA